CUUUCGUCCCUCUCUCCAAUCUGCACAGGUACGACUAAGACAGGGAGGGAGGGAGAAGGAGAGAGACAAAGAGAAAGCAAGAAACAAAAGAGUGUCCCUAAAGCAAAGAAGAAUACUACAAGAAAAAAGGGGCACUCGGAAAAAAGGGGCAAUCGGAAAAUUUAUUUUCACACAAGUGGAUAUUAAUUUCUAACCUUAAACUUGAAUCAAACGUUAAAUUCUUCAAAUUUUUUGUUAAUUAAAUCAAACCCAGAAUUUUUUUUUGGAUAACAAUUAUGGAAGGAAAAGGAGCUGCAGUGGCGGCGAAGGGGGAUGCGGGUGUUGUAAAUGUGGUCAAGUAUCCAUUGAAGUUUUGGGAGGUGAUGGGAGCAUCCGGAGUCGUAUUGGGAUUCCUGAUGGGACUUGUGGGCGUGUAUAUGACGAUGCCUGCUUCUGAUUACAGCUUCCUGAAGCUGCCCCGUACUCUUGAAGACCUCCAAAUUCUCAGGGAUCACUUGGAGAGCUAUACUAGUGACUACACUGCACAAGUGCUUAUUGGAUACUGCAUCGUCUACAUUUUCAUGCAGACUUUCAUGAUUCCGGGAACUGUUUUUAUGUCUUUGCUUGCGGGGGCUCUGUUUGGGAUAUUCAAAGGUGUAGCUCUUGUUGUGUUCACUGCUACUGCCGGUGCAUCUUCUUGCUACUUCCUGUCUAAAUUGAUAGGGCGGCCGCUUGUCUUCUCUCUUUGGCCUGACAAGUUAUCAUUUUUCCAGGCUGAGGUGGCUAAAAGGAAAAAACGGCUGCUCAACUACAUGCUUUUCUUAAGAGUAACACCAACAUUACCAAAUACAUUCAUAAAUGUUGCUUCGCCAAUAGUAGAUGUGCCUUACCAUAUUUUCUUUCUGGCAACUGCCAUUGGGAUCACACCGGCUGCUUUCGUCACUGUCAGGGCUGGAAUAGCUCUAGGUGAGCUGAAAUCAGUGGGUGAUCUCUAUGAUUUCCAAUCUAUAGCAACAUUGUUUCUUAUUGGGGCUAUAACUGUUACUCCUACAUUGAUUGGUAGCAAGGGCGAAUAGUAACAUGAAUCAGCUCAUUGUGCCAGUAUUUGUUCCUUGUUAUGUAACCAGUUUUUAGGCAUUUUCUUGUUCUUGUACAUAUAUGUAUGAAAUAAACUUUCAUCUUCAGAGUAGUUUCAGCCUUGGAGGAUAUACCAUUGUAGAUGGGUUCGAAUGAAAAUGGUCAUUGAUUGCGUAUCAGUUGAAAUCCCUGCAAUCUGUCGAUAUUUGCCCUUAUAUUGACUUGCAGCUAAGGGCAGGAGCCACGGCUGAGCAUUGAUUAAAACCAACUUUAUGUAGCCUAAAACCAGUUUUAAGGCUCAGACUUAUUCAUGUGUAUUAUGCAGUUAAUCUC